AUGCAAACCAGGAGAUCAGAAAUCGACGUCGGUGUAUCUCGUCUCCGAACAAGACCGACGAAACUACAGUAUAUGCGCGGAACGGGGAAAUCAACGUAUUGCCAAUAUAUGGUGUCAGAUGUGGAUCCUGCAACGGAUACAUCUACAGAAGAUUUGGCGAAUGGAGAUGCUGGACAUCGGCCGAUUUCCCUUCCUUUAGAACUUGAACUUGAGUUCGAAACAACUGCAAUUUGUCCGGUUAAAAGCCUUCUCUAG